UGCAAACAGCAGAUGCAUGAGCAGUUAAACAGGAAGAUAAAUGAGUGUGAAACAAGGUGGCACGGUGGAUGCACUGAGCAGGAUAAAGCUCUACGGACAGCAGCCUGAUGCCAUGUUACCCAGUUCCAGACCAGUGAUCUGUGCCAUUUUGCCCGGUUGCCAUGACACCAUCUGAAUCCCAAGCCUUCCUCUUCUUCUUCCUCACCCUCCUCAGCUUUCUCUCGUCCCUGUUUUAUUUCAACUUGUUGGACCAGAAGUUUCAUCUGCAGAAAAAUCAUCCAGGUGUUCUACAAAGAAACAUCAGCAUCCUGCUGUGGCACUGGCCAUUUGGCCGCUCCUACAGGCUCCAUGGGGACAAAUGCCUCCAGAUGUACAACAUCAGCCGCUGUUUGCUCUCUGAUAACACCUCUGCCUUCUCCAGUGCUGAUGUGGUCGUCUUCCAUCACCAGGAGCUGAGUAAUGGUCUAUCGCCACUGCCCUUGCACCUGGAUCGUCCAGCCUCCCAGCACUGGGUGUGGAUGUCCAUGGAGCCUCCUGUCAACAACGUAAACCUUACUCAGCUCAAUGGCCUCUUCAACUGGACGAUGAGCUACAGACGUGAUGCAGACAUAUCCAUCCCUUAUGGAGAAACCAUUCAAGGAAGUGAUGAGCUCAGCCUCCAGCUUCCUGCUCUAAAUCGCUCCUGUCUUGUCAGCUGGGUUGUCAGCAGAUAUCAGUCUCACCAGGCUCGGGCUGGUGUUUACCAAAGUCUAAAGAAGUAUAUCCCUAUAGAAGUGUACGGCAGGUGGAGCAGGAAACCUCUGUUGGACAAGAAGCUGUUGCCAACCAUUGCAAAGUGUCUAUUCUACCUGUCUUUUGAGAACUCUGAGGCGAAGGACUACAUCAGUGAGAAGCUCUGGAGGAACGCUUUCCAAGCAGGAGCCAUACCGGUUGUUCUCGGCCCCAGCAGGGCCACAUAUGAGGCCCUGGCUCCCCCUGGUUCCUUUAUCCAUGUGGAUGAUUUCAAGAGCACAGCACAUCUGGCUGCCUACCUGAAGCGCGUGGCUGCAGACAGACAGGCCUACGAGCAGUACUUCCAGUGGCAUCGCACUCACAGAAUCAAAACCUACACUGACUGGAGAGAGAGGCUGUGUCAGAUCUGUGUUGAGUACCCCAGUUUACCAGCCAGUAGAAUCUACCACGACCUGGAGAGCUGGGUUAACAGCUAAGAUUUUAGCUCUUCUUC